AUGGAGUCGAAGGUCCCACCUCAGGCCGAGGACAAUGUUGGUCAAGAUCAACCCAAUACCAUUGUUAUCCAGCUGGUGACAAUUCCCUAUAACAGUAACAGGCAGGCCACGCCAUACUCUGUUCAGGCGAUACCUCUUUACUUUGGACCCACGGACCCACAAGCCGGACCGGCUCAGAGAGGCGUUCCAGAUAGGACAAGAAUUCCAGGAGCACCUGAUAUGGCAGCUCCUCCCAAACAGAUGAGGGCUCAAAGUCCUAACAGAAGUCCAAGAAACUGCUGUACCCAGUGUCGUGGUCAGAACUAUUCCCAGGCUCCGUUGCCUUCAUUUAUACCAGCGAGGACCUACCCGAUGGCUCCUGGGCCUCGUCCAGGAGUACGGCGAUACCCAACCGAGGACGAAGCUCGACUCCCAAGGAGGUGCUUCUGCCAGUGCUCCUGUCAACGCAAUACAGUCCCGCAACAGGAGGUAUUGGAGGAGCAGCCGGAAACUCUCAAUAACAGUCACCGCGAACAGACACCAGUGGCUGAGCCCGGGGAUGAAGGCUACCGGGAUCAGGGUACCAAUACUACAGAAGCUGGCGCGGCUGGCACUGAACUGCCUAACCUGGCAGCCCUGAAGGUGAUAUGCGAGUCUUUGGGAAAAGCGAUGGUGGCAGCGGCAGCGGUAGCCGUGGAAGCCGCUCAGAAAAAGACGAUGGGUAUAGACACGGAUAAAUCUGCGGAUAAAUCUAACGACCAAAGUAAUCUCUCAUCGCCCAAGCUAAAAGCCAGUUUCCAUAAUCGGCUAAUACAUGACUAUAUUCCUUCCGAUCCUGGCGAUGUAGAGUCUAUUGAUGCAGAUGCAGAGCAGAGUCCUGAAAAUGAACCUGAGGAUAUGAGGGCUGUUGACGAUGAAAAGCUCAUAAAUGUGGAGAACCAAAAUAACACCGAUUCAAUCGAUGAAAAUAAGAAUCCAAAUGAAGUGCUGAAAAAAUAAAAA